UCUAUCGAAUUCAAAUCUGUUGAUCAUGUCCAAAUCAACCACUCGUGUCGCUGUCGCCCAGCAUGAGCCCGAAUGGCUUGAUCUGCAGAAAUCGGUCCAAAAGACUUGCGAUAUCAUAGAAGAAGCAGCCUCUGGUGGAGCAGAGCUCGUCACCUUCGCCGAGGCAUUCAUCCCUGGUUAUCCGGCUUGGAUCUGGACACGUCCCGUGGACCCCAUUCUCUCUACACAGUAUAUACAGAACUCCCUGGCAAUUGACUCGGACGAAAUGAGAGAGAUACAGGAGUGUGCAGCUCGCAACAAGAUUGUUGUAUCUCUUGGGUUCUCCGAGAAUGAUAACAACUCUGUCUACAUAGCACAAGCACUCAUAGACUCCGAUGGGAAGAUGUUGAUGCAUCGUCGCAAGCUCAAGGCUACCCACAUGGAACGAACGAUAUUCGGCGAUGCAUCGGGAGACAGUCUGUCUAAUGUCGCAACGACGAGCUUGGGAAAAAGAGUCGGUACCCUUGCCUGUUGGGAACAUGCUCAACCACUCUUGAAAUACAACACCAUUUCUCAACAGGAAGAGAUACAUUGUUCGGCUUGGCCUCCGAUUGUGCCCCAUGAUGCAGGUCCUGGUCUAUGGUCCAUGUCCAAAGAAGGUGGGAGAUCCACCAUGCUGUCCUCCAUCAUAAUCGUGACUGACACAAUAUAUNNAGGUUGUCAGAGUUUGUCCCAGGUUUAUGCCAUCGAAUCGCAGGCAUUUGUUCUCCACUCCACGACCGUUAUCUCGGAAAAGGGCAUCAAACUUAUGUCGACUGAAGGCGGGGCUCUUAUGAGUAGCCCGGGAGGAGGAGCAUCUGCCGUCUUCGGACCUGAUGGUAGACUUCUGACUGAACCCUUGGACUCGACGAAAGAAGGACUCAUAUAUGCUGACCUCGAUCAUACUACGGCCAUCUUCGCUAAGAGCUUUCUAGAUAUCUGUGGUCAUUACAGUAGGCCGGACUUGUUGUGGCUUGGUUGUGAUACCAGAAAGAAGUUACCCAGGGUUGUUGAUUCUAGCAGU